AUGGCGGACACCACAACCCCCGUGUCAUUGAACACGAUAUUCGAUCAAGGUCCAUCCUUUAAUCAGUUUGAUCCCAUUCAUCUAACCGACCCUGAGAUUCUUCCGAUCUUGCGGUUGCCUUUGGCUGGCACCUUGCUGGGACAUGAUUCAGCCGAAGAUGCCUUGAGCCGAGUCGCGCGCGGCGAAAUCUCCUUUACCCAAUUAGUGGCUGAAAAGGCCCAAGGAGUUUCCCAGCCAGAAGAGCGUUCUCAAUUGCUUCACGUCGCCUUGGCUGCUCUCUUCAGCUUCCUUCAGUCUAACGUCACCGGACCUCCCCUCGAGUUUAACCCCGCCGAAGUCACCCUCCCCUCCGGCCUACGAUCCGACCAGACCACCCUGAGAAAUGUCCGGGCUCACAUCAUUCGCGAAUUGUCCGUCGAUGGCGAAGCCGCAUACAAACUCACUCCCAAUGUCGAACUGUUCGCCGUUGCCAAGGCUCUCUUGGCCGACUCCGAUGUCCUGUUUACGAACCCUCCGCUUGUCGCACUAACCGCCAGGAUGCGAGUGAACCUCCUCCACCAAAAAAUGCUCUCCGAAGUUACUGGCACCUUACAAGACGCCAUCUAUGCCGACCUGGAGAAGAUUGGCCAGGCCGUGCUCAACAAUCCGUCUACCACCGAAGAAAAGGGACGGUUUCUCCUGGAACGCGCAACCAUCCACACCCACCACGGCUACGAUGCCAAGGCUAGGGCCGAUUUGGAACAAGCUGCCGCGGUACGGAAUUUCGAGUUUGCGUUGACCGGUAGAAUGGGCAAGCGUACCAAGUUCCAGGACCGCGAUAUCAGUCAGCUAGUCAUCCUGGCUAAAAGUGCCGACGAGAACGCCUCGAAUGCGCCCGCCAGCGCGGACAAGAAGGAAGAGUCUUCCGGCCCGAAGAAUCUCGACCUCAACGAUGAUACCCUCCUUGAAUCUAUUUCUUUCACCAAGUCCGACGGUCAGGAGCAGGACAAGCCUGUGACUGUCCAGGACGAAUCCGAACUGUCGCCGUCUCUGGCAUCUCUGGACCCCGGCAACCAGCCCAUCUUGAACCCUAUUGAUUCUUCCAUCCUCCUCGCACUCGCGUCCGCCAUUACCAACACCACUCCCGAAAACGGUUUGACCCGAGAGGAAACCCAGCCGUAUGCUACGCGCGUUCUCGAGGGUGGUAGCUCGAACUGGCAGAUCUAUACGCAGGCCCUUGAGUUGCGAAGUCGCAUCGAAGGUUAUCGCGCUCGAACGGUGGAGCGUGCUGUGCUGCAAAUGCAGGCUCUGGUUGACCAAGUCAUCGCCGACACCGCCACACCCGAUACCCAGGCCACCAAUGCCGUGGAGCAGCCCACAACCUUCCUUCCAAGACCCGAAGAAUCCGAAUCUGCAUCUGCCGCGGAACGACUUGAAUAUAUCUGGAUUCUUAAUUUCUCCACCCGAUGGAAUCUCGAGGCCGAAUUGGCCAAGCGAUGGGUCGAGCUGGGGGCACUGAGGACUGCGCUGGAGAUCUACGAGCGUCUGCAGAUGUGGGCUGAAGCUGCGCUCUGCUACGCCGCUACCGAGAGGGAGGCAAAGGCGAGGUCUAUGGUUCGCAGACAGCUAUAUGAACCUAUCAACAAAGAAACGGACGACGAGAACGAAAAGUUCGAAGGACCGGAAUUGUCCCCUCUUCCGGCGGAUGCUCCCCGCCUGUUCUGCAUCCUGGGAGACAUUGAAACCGACCCGGCCAUGUAUGAACGUGCUUGGGAGGUCUCGAGUCAUCGAUAUGCCCGAGCACAGCGUUCUCUCGCGCGCCACUAUCUCACCAUAAAACCGCCUGCUUUGGAAAAGGCCGAAGAGGCAUACCGCAAGAGUUUGCACAUCAACGGUCUGAACCACAGCGCGUGGUUUGCCCUGGGCUGCGUGCAACUCGAAUUGCAGCGCUGGGAUGAUGCCAUUUAUUCGUUCACUCGCACCGUUCAGAUCGAUGACACCGAUGCCGAAGGAUGGAGUAAUCUCGCCGCAGCCAUCCUCCGAUCGCCCCAGCCCGACGAAAACACGACCCCAGCGGCCGCUGCGAUUCCGCAGAAGCUGCCCGACGAGGACGAGGACGUUGAUCCGACCACUGAAAAGGCACCCGAGGAUCCCUGGAAGCGGAAAAGAGAAGCCCUCGCGGCGUUGCACCGUGCCGCCUCGCUCAAACACACCGACGCGCGCAUCUGGGACAACGUUCUCACCGUGGCCGCUUCCAUUCCCCCACCGUUCACCCCAUUCCGGGACGCCGUCAUGGCACAACGACGACUCAUCGAGCUCCUUGGGGACAAGAAGGGCGAGAAAUGCGUCGACCUACCCAUCCUCGGUAUGCUGGUGGACCACCUCGUCACGGCGUACGAUUACGACAAAAUCAUGAUCCACGUCAACGCCGGCAGCGAUGCGGCACCAGAGUACGUCGUCCGGAGCGGAACCAUCCCGGGCCAGAUCCUGUCUCUCGUCCACGACGCUGUGGUGCCGCUGAUCACGCACUCCGCUCCGCUGUGGCUUCUCGUCGCGCGGGUCGAGCAGUUCUGCGAGCGGCCGUCCAAGGCAUUCGAAGCUCACGAGAAGGCCUGGCGCGCCACCGUCGCCUCGUCCACCCAGGGUGCAUUCCAGAUGGGAGAUGAGAAGAAAUGGAUGGACGUCGUGCGCGCCACCGAGAAACUGGUGCGCAACGGGUAUUCCAAGUUCGGACCCAUGGAUAAGGAAGGACAGCAAGGUGCGGAGGAGCCCGAAAUGGUGGCCCAGGACUGGCGAUUCAAGUCCCGUAGCGCCGUCCGGGGAAUCCUCGGCAAGGGCAAGGAUUUCUGGGAGGAUACCGAGGGAUGGACGCGUUUGAAGGAGUUACAGAGCGAGGUUGGAAGCUCAUAG